AUGGCAUAUGGUUUAAAAGGAAGUCCGGCAACUUUUUCUCCGUUGAUGCAGAAGGUUCUAGGACACAUUCCACCACAUCGGUUGGCAUUGUACAUGGAUGAUAUCUGUAUUAUUAGCAAAACGUUUGAGGAACAUUUAGUAAAUCUCCAGGGAGUAUUUGAUGCAUUGCGACAGCAUGGAUUACGAGUUAAAGCUAAGAAAUGUGCUUUCGCAAUGAAAGAAGUGAAAUUUCUUGGACACAAAGUUUGCAACAAGGGUGUGCAGCCAGAGGAACAUAAAGUAAAGGCAAUUUGUGCAUGGGUUGCACCAACUUGUCUUAAAGAGGUGCAAAUGUUUUUGGGUGCAGUUGGGUGGUAUCGGAAGUUUAUCAAGGAUUUUAGUACAAUUGCUCGACCAUUAACAUGGCUUUUGGAGAAAGAUGUCACAUUCACUUGGGGUAAGGAGCAAGAUGAUGCAUUCAAUACACUAAGACAUGAGUUGGUUAAAGCUCCAGUAUUAGUCCAUCCUGACCCCACUCGACCCUUUGUUGUUACCACGGAUGCAAGUAAAGUGGGUCUGGGUGGUGAACUAUCACAAGAAGAUGCACAAGGACAAUUACAUCCGGUUGCAUAUUUCAGUCGUGCAUUGACCAAACGAGAACGUUCAUAUCCAACUUAUGACAGAGAAGUGAUGGUUAUGCGAGACACGCUUAAGAGGCAGUCUCUGUAAGAACCUCAUGACCUCUUUGGAUCAACAAAUAGAUUUCUCUCAAACUUUGUAGUUGAGGUUGCCUUUAUAAGGGUUGUUUCAAAAUGCAUUUUGUUUUCAGUCUAAUUGCAUUUUGGCAAAGUUCCAGGGGGGUGAAGUUGAGGGAAAAAAUUACGAUUUUUGCCGUUUCUCAAUAGUGGAUUUUUGCUGAUUUUUAAACCUCUGUACAUCAAACAAAAAUAAUCAUAAAACUAAAUCUUUCCAGACAAUAGUAGCUUUAUAUGUCUUAAGUAAUAAGGUAUCUAUAAAUUUUUCAAAUUUGUUUUCUAAAUAUAGAAAUGACAUCAUUCAUGAUAGACUAAAAUAGAAAUUUCCAAGUUCCUUAAAAAUGGGUGAAAUAAAACCCCUAAAAUUCAAAAGUUAGACUUGCUAUGAAUGUAAUAUUAUUUGUAUGGUGAGAUUAAAGGUUGGUCUUACAUAAUACAAAAUAAAAUAUUGCGGCCUGUAAAUUUUGGAGGUACUACAGGCCAACAAAACAUCAACAUUUUCGACUUUCUAGCUGAAUAUAAUCAAGACAAGUUAUACAUUUGCAUCAUGUAAAGACGUCCGUUAGUCAACAAAUCAUCAAACAUCGAUUUAUUUUGAAGAUUUAUUUAAAAAGUCAAGAGAAAACCUACCCCAAUAUAUUUAUAUUGAUACAAAGUAUGCCUCGAUCGACAGCCUUGUCAUUUAAUGACCCGAAUUGUCAGUUGACUUAUUAUUUGACGUUCGUUAGCUGCCAUUAUUCUUUAGUGUUAAUCACUUUCGAUAUCUUAAUGAUUAUUGUAGACACAGUCUUGUAUAUAAAUCUUGAUUCUUCGUCCGAACAGGCAAUGUUAGUCAAUUCCUCCAUCAGUCCAUCGUUUAUAUAACUCGAUUUUGUUGUUGUUAUGGCGGAGGCCGCUGACCAGCCAAAUAAUUCGACUGUCAAACGUACAGGGCGGGUUUGUGCACGAUAGAGAUAUUUACAGCCUUGGAAAAUUUUGCUUCCAUCAAACAAAUAUCAUGUUAAACCUGUAUCCUCCCGCACAAUAGUAACUUGGUAUGUCCUAAGUAUCAAGGAAUCUAUAAUUUUUUAAAAUAUAUUUUCUAAAUAUAGAAAUGUUUCUAUAUUUAGAAAAAUUACAUUUAGUCUGUUUCAUUCGUGACAGACUAAAAUAGAGAUUUUCAUUAAAAUAGAGAUUACAUUUUUAAGGAUUGGAACAAUUUACCCAAUUCUAUUUGAGAAAACGAUUUCUUUAUAACUUUUAAACAUAUCAAGAACUUUGGAUUAUAGUAGUGACAGGGGCGUAGGAACCGGGGGGGGAGGGGCCCCCCAAGUUUUGGCAAGUGCCCUUUUUCCAGGAGCAAAGUGCCCUUUUUGUGCCUGAAACAUUUUCAUAAAAUUCGCAGUUUUUGUCCAAACGAAACUUUUGAAAACUUUAAUCUAGGUUUUUUCCCGAAAAAUGUUUUAGUUUCCGAGAAAAAUAUCAUUUAUUAUAUAAACAUAAGUGUUAUAUAGAGUUUUUGGCCACUGAGAAAAAUCGUAUUUAAACACACGUAAAAAAUACGAUAUUUUUACGUGUGAAAAUAUCAUUUGUUGUAAAACGCAUUGCCACGGACGUUUUAUUGUUUUUCACUGAAUUUUGUUUAUAUAAUAAACAGAAAAAUACAUGGGUGCUUGGAAAUACCAGAUUUAUUUCUCGUGUUGAACAUGAUAUCUCACUAGUGAGAUAUCAUGUUCAACACUCGAAAUAAAUCUGGUAUUCCCGCGCACCCAUGUAUUAUUCUCUAUAUAUUUGUUUUUCCGGAAAAUUUUUUUUGUAUUGAAGGAAACAUAUGUUAUGUCCGGAAAAUUUUUUUACCCCUAAAAUGGUACACUGACCGAAAUUUUUUUGGCGACGGGGGGGGUUCGCCAAAAAAUUUUUGAGAUGCCCUAUUUUUUUUUAAAGUGCCCCUCAAAGCCUGCCCCUCCCCCCCAACUUUUCUAAGCUUCCUACGCCCCUGAGUAGUGACUUAUUUUACUUUUUACAUCGUAAUUUCCUAGUACAUAUACUGCAGAAAGAUAUAUUAUAACGUAUUACUAUUAGCUAUAUUGUAAUUUAUUUGCAGAACCUCCCUGAAAACCACGUAUGUGAUGGAAGCUGUUAAAAUAUUACUUUAAUAAUAAUAAUAAUAAAGUUUUGCAUAUAUAUAUAUGUACUUCUAAUUCGCUGCAGAUUUCUUUCAGCAUUUUGACAUUGAAUUUUUUCAAUUCGUUACGUUGGCGUAAUUCACAAGUUACUUAUAUAUUAACGCAACACGCAAGCAAGUUUAUAUGAAAGUAAGUUAAUAUCAAAACCGUGAAAUUAUACAAAAUUUAGAUAUAUUUUUUUAUUUCAGCUGCAUGUGUUUCCACAAAAAUUAAAAAGUCAAAAAUCACCUGUGGAAAUAGUCUCGAGGUAAAUUUUCGGCGUGAAAGCAAACAAUUCUCGACAUGUUGCACGUGUUUUGACAGCCGAAUUAUUUAGCUGGCCAGCGGCUUCCGCCAUAACAAUAACAAAACGAGUAAAAUUAAACGAUGGAGGAAUUGACUAGCAUUGCCUGUUGACGAAGAAUCACGAUUUAUACUGAUACGAGACUGUGUCUACAAUAGUCAUUAAGAUAUCGAAAGUGAUUAACACUAAAGAAUAAUGGAAGCUAACGAACGUCAAAUAAUAAGUCAACUGACAAUCGGGGUCAUUGAAUGACAAGGCUAUGAUCGAGGCAUACUUUGUAUCAAUUAUAUUGGGGUAGGUUUUCUCUUGACUUUCUAAAUAAAUCUUCAACAUAAAUCGAUGUUUGAUAAUUUGUUGACUAACGGACGUCUUUACAUGAUGCAAAUGUAUAACUUGUCUUGAUUAUAUUCAGCUAGAAAAUGUUUAUUAUUUAUACAAUACGGUCCAUUACGUCCAUACAUAACGGAAAUGCCUGUGUCAGUGCUUUUCCCUAAAAGACUUUAGACAACAGUAAAGGUCAAACGAAUGUUCAUCACUGUUCUAGGUCCAAUAAUAUGUAAAAUUUUGCUCUUUCAAAGCAGAGUUUACAGUAAACAUGAACGUUCUUAUUUACUCCAAACUGCCGAAAGUCGAAAAUGUUGAUGUUUUGUUGGCCUGUAGUACCUCCAAAAUUUACAGGCCGCAAUAUGUUAUUUUAUAAUAUGUAAGACCAACCUUUAAUCUCACCAUACAAAUAAUAUUACAUUCAUAGCAAGUCUAACUUUUGAAUUUUAGGGUUUUUAUUUCACCCAUUUUUAAGGAACUUGGAAAUUUCUAUUUUAGUCUAUCAUGAAUGAUGUCAUUUCUACAUUUAGAAAACAAAUUUGAAAAAUUUAUAGAUACCUUGUUACUUAAGACAUAUAAAGCUACUAUUGUCUGGAAAGAUUUAGUUUUAUGAUUAUUUUUGUUUGAUGUACAGAGGUUUAAAAAUCAGCGAAAAUCCCCUAUUGAGAACAGCAAAAAUCGUAAUUUUUUCCCUCAACUUCACCCCCCUGGAACUUUGCCAAAAUGCAAUUAGACUGAAAACAAAAUGCAUUUUGAAACAACCCUUAUAAAGGCAAUCUCAACUACAAAGUUUGGGAGAAAUCUAUUUGUUGAUCCAAAGAGGUCAUGAGGUUCUUACAGAGACUGCCUCGCAUUUUCGGUAUUAUCUGUUAGGAGCACAAGUAGUGAUGAGGACCGACCACAAACCUCUUCUAAAGAUCCUGGAACAGAAAGAUCCAUUUGGACGAAGAGCGACAUUGAUGAGAGAUAUAGCAGAAUUCGAACCACGCAUAGAGUUUAUUCGAGGGCAGGAUAAUCACAUGGCAGAUGCUCUUAGUCGGAUCGGAUGGAAUGUCAAGUGGGAAGAGAGAGAUGAGGAUACUAGUAAAGUGGCUACUAUUGGUGGCUCUCAAGACGAGAUUGGUCCAUACAAGGAUGUAAGGUUGGACAGCAAGAACGUGACCCAACCCUUAAGCCACAUAUUUCCACACACCGAAACGAACAUGGUUUAUUCACACGAGAUCAUAAGAAGCAAGUGUUACUUCCAGCAUCGCUUGUUCCCACCAUAUUAUCAUUAGCUCAUGACGAAAGAGGGCACCAAGGAGCAGAUAAAAUGCUUGCAAGAAUUGAACCUCAUUAUUGGUGGCCAAAGAUGAAAGCAGAAGUAGAGAACUAUGCAAAAACGUACCAACGCUGUGCUGCUACUCUUGCCCAGGGACAUAGAAAAGCACCCAUUCAUCAACGACCAAAAGAAGAGAAACCAUUUGCGUUGAUAGAAGUAGAUCUCAAGGGUCCAUUACCGAGAACGAAAGAGGGAUUUGACAAUAUUGUUGUGAUAACAGAUCCAUGUACAAAAUAUGCAGAGAUGCAUCCAAUUCGAGGACAAACCAGCCAAGUUGUUUGUAAGACACUCAUGGGUUGGAUAUCAAGAUAUGGUUUACCAAACAAAGUGCACUCUGACAAUGGACCUUGUUUCAUAAGCGAAACAUUUGAACAGUUUUCCAUAACCCAAGGCAUUGAGCAUACUUUCAGUCCACCCUAUAGGCCACAAGGAAACGCGGGUGUAGAACGGAUUAAUCGUACGAUGGGGGAAGCACUCACAAAAUUGGUAGAUAAACAUCCCAACCGAUGGUCUCAACACCUACCUGACGUACAACUAGCAUACAACACAGCAGUUCAUACAAGUACAGGAGUUUCGCCGUACGAGCUAGUUUUCAAGGAGCACCCGCGAUCAAAAUUCGAAAUUAUAACAGAGAAGAUAUCACCAGCAACGGUUAGAGAGAAAACGGAACGACUGCGCGAGAUUGUUAGUGAGGUAUUCCAAAAAGCGCAAGAGUCCGAUGCCAAGUUAGCGGGAAAACGCAGAGAACGGUACAACAGAAAAACUUCGUUUAAAUCGUUGGGGGUGGGUCAACAAGUUUGGAAAAGAAAUUUACGAGCAAAAACAUUUGCAGAUCGGUGGACGGGACCCUAUGUCGUGGUAAAGCCCACGUCGGUAACCAAAACAUCUUAUGUAGUGAGAAGGAAUAAUGAAACUAAAGAAGAAAUUGUCCAUUACAAUUACCUUAAACCUUAUCAGAUUCAACCUGUCAAGAAACCAAAGUCAAGGAAUCCACCAAAGAAGAAUGGGGUCGGACACCCAGCACUGGGUACCAGUGAGGACAGUGAAUCUGACAGCAGAGAAGAGGAAAUGCAACCAGAGAGAAGAUAUCCAAAAAGAAUUCGAAGACCUCCAGAAAGAUACACAUAA